AUGUUGCGUCGUCUCUUUGGUAGGGGAGAUGCGCAGGAGAAGCCGCGUGCCUCCGGCUCCGUCUCCCAGACGCUGGAGAGGCUCGAAACCACCUUCGAGCUGCUGGAGAAGCGGGAGGCGGUGCUGGAGAAGAAGGUGGAGGCGGAGCUGGCCAGGGCAAAGCAAUACCACGCAAAGAAGAACACACAGGCCGCGCUGCAGUGCAUGAAGCGCAAAAAGGCGUUUGAGGAGCAGCUGACGAACAUUGCUGCUCAGAAGCAGAACCUCGAGACGCUGAAGUUCACGCUGCAGAACCAGAACAUGAACCACGAGCUGUUGGAGGUGCAGCAGCGCGUCAAACAGGAGCUGCGGGAGCGCAACAAGAAGAUGGAUGCCGACCGCGUAGAGGACAACAUGGGGGAGCUGCAGGACGAGAUGGAGAAGGCCAACGCCGUCGCUGAGGCGCUGCGGCAGCCUCUCGACAACCAGCUGCUUGACGAGGACGAGCUCAUGGACGAGCUCAUGGCGGAGCUGCGCACUUCCGAGGCGCUGGAGCAGGAGGCAACUCCGGAGAAGAAAGAGGCUGCUCCAGUUCUGCCCGCCAUGCCUAGCGUGCCCACCAGCGUGCUGCCCAAGAUCAAGAGCAAGACGCAGGAGGAGGAGGAUGAAGAGGCGCUGCGGGCCCUCGAGGCGGAGCUCCAGUCGUAG